AUGAUCGGUGUACCUGUAAAUCCUAAUUCAGUUUAUGUGCCAAUAAUUCAAACUGGUUGUUUGAAAACAGAAUUCGAUUCAACAUAUCCCAUACAUUUAAAUGUUGGAACUGUUCUUUGUGUUGUUGGUGGACUAUUUGUUGUUAAAUCUAUAACAACCUUUUAUAUACUACUUAGCGUAGGAAUUGUUUUAACUACUUUUGGAUCAUUGUUUUUUGAUAUUGGAGUGUGUGUCAUGGAUGCAAAACGUGUAGCACGAAUGCGACAAGCGAUUACUGAAGAAUCAAUUAAAUAUUCAUCGAGAUCGCCAACGCCAUGCAGUCGGAGAUUAGAUACUUCACGUACUUUGUUUGGUGGCUAUGGAUAUUAUAAUAAUAGUCAACAGACGUUGUAUCAAUUGGUAAUUGAUAUUGGCUGUUCUACUUCACAAGGCAAUGUUAAUCAAACACACUAUUCAAAUAAAAUAGUUCCUGAACCAACAUCAUCAUUUGGAUAA